AUGAUGGAAACCCAUCUUCAGAUAGCAACCUCUGACACCAAUCGAAUCACUGUUGCCUUCAACAAUGGCAUUCUCUACAUUUGCCAACCCAAGCUCAUCACUUCCACCUCUGAACACCAAUCUCAAACCACUCCCACUCCUCUACCUCUGCUACAACCUCAAAAGAGCAACGUGAAAACUCCGAAGAAGUCAAUGGAGUCACUACCGUCACAGCCUCAGAAGAGCGAUAUUCGAGGCAACGAUGAGUCAAAGCAGAUGGAUGCGAGAAAUGAGAUUUCAGAGAGGAAAAAGGUAGUGGUGAAGGAGAAAGGCGCUGAUGUGGUGGCCAGAGAUGGAAAGAGAAGAAGUGAUGAACGUGUAAAUGGAGAUUCUGAAGGACCCCAACUUAUCGAAGGAGUUCUGGAGAUUAAAAAUUAA